GAGUGCUGAAAGCAAACCUCAUAAUUCUGUUUCCUCCUUGUCCCAACACAAAAAUUCAUGUCCAAGGAACAACCACUUCCUCAGGACCAUAAUACCAUUAUAAAAGCCAGUUCAACCCAGCCACAAGUGGUUCACACAAAGACAAGGAGACAAAACAAACUAAACAUGAAUCCCAUUGGUUUCUCUCUUCUCAGCCUCGCUUCUCUAGCACUUGUCUCGAUUGUCAUAGCCCAAGAAAGAGCCCCUCACGGGCUUGUUUACGAGAACCCAGAAGCCUUUUCACCAUCAGCAUAUAACUUCUUUCACCCCAAUGAACGAAAGCCCGAGACAAAAGACCCUUGUGCUGCAUCAAAAUGCUCACCAAUGCCUUUAGCAGCACAAGUGGAAGCUACUGAAAUUCAUGAAAGCAAGGCCUCAACCCCUCAAGGAAGUAAGAAACAAUUGGGAGCUGGUAGCGUAGCUGGCAUUAUCUUUGGUGUUGCUUUUGUUGUGCUUUUAGCAUUGGGGGUCUACCAUGUGAGGGUCACUCGCCGAGCCAACAUGAGUAAAGCCAAAGCCAAUGGUGCUGUUCAACCAGAUGCUAUUGCUUGAUGUGCCUUGCCUUUAAUUCUAUAAUGAUUACUUCAAAAUCUCACCCUAGAUUUAGAACAAGGCAGUGUAAUGUAAUACCCCUGAACUUUUAUUCCUCUAAUAUCUUACUAGUAGACUAUUAGUUAUGUGCUUUUAUCUUCAAUUUGUUUUUGGUUAGUCAAUGUAUCUAUUGUUGUGAAUUGUGAUAUAGUCAUCAGUUUCUAUUUUGGAUA